UGUCUGUCUGUGCAAAGUUAGUGAGGUCCAUGCUGCAGACACUACCUUGCCCACCACACGGCUCUUCUUAGUCACACUACGCGAAAUUGACGCAAAGAGGGAACAUUUUUUUCUGUUUGUCUGUGACUGGUGCUUGUCAGAAACCUACAACAGACAGUUGAUUCUGAAAGGAUCCUCUUGUGUUCAUCUGACACUGGGAACAAGCGUGUGGACUAUUGGAAUACUUCGGACCUCACGGCUCAACUCGUCACCUGUUCUACCUCACAUAGCCAGGGUGUACCAAGCGUUUGUGUGAUUGCAUGUGACUGUGUUUGUGAGUGUGUGUGGUUUAAGAGGGUCUAGGUGGUGUCCACUUUGGGGUUUUGAUUUGACAGGUGCACGUGCAGGAGCGUUGCACUUUGGUCUCUGUGUUUGGAUUUACUUCCCUGAUCAGUCAUGGCUACUAUGAGAAGCUGGCUGCUGGGGCUUUUGCUUGCCCUGCUCUGCUCCUUCCAGACACCUCUGGCCCCUAGUGCUUCUGUUAAAGCCCAGGAGCUGCCUCUCAUCCAUGAGGAAGGCCUGAUGGCAGAUGAUGAUGAUGAUGACGAUGAUGAUGAUGAUGACGACGACGAUGAUGAUGAUGAUGAUGAUGAUGAUGAUGACGAUGACGACGACGAUGAUGACGAUGAUGAUGACGACGAUGAUGACGACGACGAUGACGACGACGAUGAUGAUGAUGAUGACGACGACGACGACGAUGACGACGACGACGAUGAUGAUGAUGACGAUGAUGAUGAUGAUGACGAUGAUGACGACGACGAUGACGACGAUGAUGACGACGACGAUGACGACGAUGACGAUGACGACGACGACGAUGACGAUGAUGACGACGACGAUGACGACGAUGACGACGAUGACGACGACGAUGAUGACGAUGAUGACGACGAUGAUGAUGACGACGACGACGAUGAUGAUGAUGAUGAUGAUGAUGAUGAUGACGAUGAUGAUGACGACGAUGAUGAUGAUGACGACGAUGAUGAUGACCAUGAAGAUGAUGAUGAUGAUGAUGAUUAUCAUGAAGGAUCCAUUUGUUCUUUCUGUGCCCACUGUGAGCAUUGUGACAGUUGCGAUAAGUGCCCAUGUGAAAAGGGAGACGACUCAGAACACUGCGACUACUGCGACGACUGUGGAAAGUGCUACAUCUGUACUGCCUGUGAGACCCUCUGUCAGCCAGGUGGUUUCAUUGACUCAGUGACUGGAUCCAUCUAUAAGACUGUUGCAGAUGUCUUUGAUGAUGAUGAUGACAACUAAGCCCACUCGUUGCCACCAUGUGGCCAAAAGAGGAACGUGCAAUUGGGCGUUGCGUUUUACAAACUUUAGGAUUUCUAUUGUAGCAAUAUGUUCAUUGUCGUUAAGUUAAUUUUCUCUUUUUAAUCUGAUCACAUACCAUGCUACGCUCUGGUCAAUAAAUAUAUGUGGGAUUAAAAUAAUUUAAUUACCUUAAAUUAAAUUAAAUGACUUAAAUAGAAUAACAUGUUUCCUUUUAAACAGGUUUGUUGUUACCCUAAAAUAUGAAUUGUAAAUCUAAAUCCAACUUUGUUUUAACACUACUGGGUGUUAUGGAAUAAAAUGAUGGUACGUUUUAUAUAUGUGUAAAUCCAAUCUGUUUAGACAUGCUGUAUUCGCACAGUCAGAAUGCUAUCAAGUAUGCAUUACACUUGAUUAGUCUUUUUAAGAUGAUUUUAAGAUUGUCCCGCUUUCAUUUUUCAUGUUAUAGACUAUCAGUUAAUUAACAUAUUUACUGUUAUAGGCCUACAUAACAAAUGCGGUAGUAUUCUUGAAGCUCGUCUCUUUUAUUUUAUAAGGAUAGAACACUGUGGAUUUCAAGAAAUUGACUUAAAAUGACUUAAAUUUACUUAAAAUUAAAAAAGGUUAAAAUUAAUAUUAUGUAUAUUCAUUUAUUCACGUAUAAUGAUAUUUACUAUUAAUGGGUUUUUUUAUGUAAAGCAGUCUGUAAAGGUGCUGCAGGGGGUUUGUGUGGAACAUAUAUAAUACAUAUGGAAUUUUCAUGGCAUUUCUAACUAUUUGAAUGAACAAACUAAUGAUAUGAUGCUGGUGUUGGUGUAAUAAAAAUGUAGUUAAUGUUUUAAUGAAAGUUAUUAGGAUUCCUCCGGUAGGAGGAAACCUAUUAUUAUUGGUGGUUUUAUUAUUAGGAUUCCUCCGGUAGGAGGAAACCUAAUGUUAUUGGUGGUUUUAUUAGGAUUCAUCCGGUAGGAGGAAACCUAUUGUUAUUGGUGGUUUUAUUUUUAGGAUUCCUCCGGUAGGAGGAAACCUAUUGUUAUUGGUGGUUUUAUUAUUAUUAUUAUUAUUAGGAUUCCUCCGGUAGGAGGAAACCUAUUGUUAUUGGCGGUUUUAUUAGGAUUCCUCCGGUAGGAGGAAACCUAUUGUUAUUGCCGGUUUUAUUAUUAUUAUUAUGAUUCCUCCGGUAGGAGGAAACCUAUUGUUAUUGGUGGUUUUAUUAUUAUUAUUAUUAGGAUUCCUCCGGUAGGAGGAAACCUAUUGUUAUUGGCGGUUUUAUUAGGAUUCCUUCGGUAGGAGGAAACCUAUUGUUAUUGGCGGUUUUAUUAUUAUUAUUAUGAUUCCUCCGGUAGGAGGAAACCUAUUGUUAUUGGUGGUUUUAUUAUUAUUAUUAUUAGGAUUCCUCCGGUAGGGUUUAAUCCCAACCCUCUACUGAUAAAUUUUUAAAUGAUUUGCCAUUUUGAGGAGGAAUCCGCAUUGCUGCUUGCAGCUAUAUUUAUUAUUAUUAUUAUACUCCUUGCGCCCCAAUAUCUCAAAAGUCACAAGUCAAAAAUGUUCUAAUUUGGCACGUUGAUACUACAGACCACCAGGAACCCCCACACCAAGAAUGGCCCACAUUCGCCCUUAGGGGGCGCUACAGGCCACGCCCAAAUGUCCCAUUUUCAAAGUGAUAGCAUUUCCAUCUUAUUUGUCCAAUUCUUCUGAAACUUGGUGUACAUGCCUCAUUUCUCAUGGGGAACAAAAAAGCCUCAAGGACCCAUAAGGUCCGCCAUGAUGGAUUUUCCUGCACAGUGAAAAUUUGGGAAAACUUACAAAAAUCUUCUUCUCUUGAACUAUAGAUCCAAUUGACUUGAAAUUUGGUACUCAUGUGUAGAAUUGAUGUCUUUCAAUUUGUAACUUAGCAAAAAUGAACACAAUACAAAAUGGCUGAAAGGGGCGUAUUUAUGUAAAUGUCCACAUUGCCUCAAUAUAUAUGUGUCAAUAAAUCAAAUGUCAUUUUGACUGAUGGGUUUUCAAACCUAACAUGCUUCCAGAUGACAUCACUCUGAAGUACUGUGCAACAUUUCACCUUGAUAAGUCAAAAGAUGACUGAAUUACAGCUGUUUGAACUUGGGCUAAAUCUGACAAUGCUAGCCACUGGUUCUUUUUUAUACAGAAACUGAAAGCAGAAAUGCUCAGCAAUGUGAAUAGCUAUCUUGGCUAAGAUGUUGUGCUGGUAAGUGAAGGGUCAGAGGUGCAAAUCCAGCCAUAGCCAUAAUUUUUUUUGUUCAGGAUUCAGACAGAAAGACAUGUCUUUAAGGAUUCCUCCAUCGGGAGGGUUUAACCCCAACCCUCUACUGAUCAAUUUUUAAAUGAUUUGCCAUUUUGAGGAGGAAUCCGCAUUGCUGCUUGCAGCUAUAUUUAUAAAGUGUUACCGUAAAAUAUAGAUUUUUAUAUUAGUGUUCUCUAAGGUCUUAGGUGAGUCCCUGGUUCUGUAAAGGUUUAAACCUGAUAGAAAUAAAAUAAAAGUGGAGGUAGUAAAUUAAUAUAAAUUCUCUGAGUAUUUCAAAACAGGCUAAUUGUACAAUAGUAGAAAAUAUGAUGUAUUUUAAAAUAUUAAAGUAUCCAUUAAUAUUUUAAAAUAUUAAAAAAAUAAUAGGAAUAUUCCAGGUUCAAUACAAGUUAAGCUCAAUCGCAUUUGUGGCAUAAUGUUGAUUACCAGAAAAAAAUAAUUUCGAGUCGUCCCUCCUUUUCAAAAGCAGUGCUUUAUUCAUUAUUGAAUCACAUUACAGUUGUUCCCGGUCAAAAGUGACUGGAAACAUUAAGAGUGUAAUUUUUUUAACUGCUAUGAAAGAAAUGUAACAACUCUAACUUCGAUUAUGUAAAAGGACUAGAGUUGUGCAUUUUGAGAGGGUUUUUUUUAUUAUUCUUUUUUUUAUUUACUAAUUUAUUUACCCAUGUGAACUUGAAAUUGAAAAUGGACUUUUUUAUGAAUAUUUUCUCAAUCAAUAUAACGUUUCUAAAUCAUAUAACGUUUGAAAGCUUAAAGUCUCAAGAAUCAAACUGUGGUGUCCAUUUUUAAAAAUAUAAAAAUAUAUGAAUACCAGAUGAAAUUUCAAGUAUAAACACUUGGUACUAGGUAUAAACACAGAGAGCUACUUAUUCAUCCCUGGUUGAAGAGAAGAUGAUUUCUAGAUUUUGUCAAGUUCUGCAUUUAGAUAUUUAUUUAAACAUUAUCAAAGACUAUACUUUUGUCAAAAUUUAGCAUUUUGUUUGGUUUGUUUGAGGUUAUUUUUGUCUGUUUUUGCAAUAAUGGCACAUUAUUGAACAUGGUGUUACAAAGAGUGUAAACUUUCACUUUGAUCUGUAUGUCCUUGAUCUGUGUGUGUAUGUGUAUGUGUGUGUGUGCUGACUGCUUCCAGAAAUUACCUGAAAUAAACAAG